UUUUGCACAUUUGGUGAGUGGUGCGGCUACUACACCCUACGAACCAGGAACCAGAGGAGCGUGGAGCGUAGAGUCGAGAGCAAACAGGGAGGGCGAAGUAAGGGGGACUACACGAGAGAGAGAGAGAGAGAGAGAGAGAGAAGGGAGCGCUGAAGGGGUGAGAGAGGAGUUCAUCGGUGCAGAGCGGACAAAGAGCGGCUCACCGCGAGCGAAGUUGGCCGGACAAGAGCAGGGAACAGGAUGGUGCGCGUAGCGACCUUCGCGGCUAUGGUGGCCGUGACCUUGGCGGCGAUGUCGCAGCAGCCGCGAGUCCUUAUAUGGAUGGACAAAAGAAGAGAAGAGAAGGCUGCGGCCUACGAGGCUGAAAAGGCAGCCCAACGCUUAAAGCGGAAGCUUCUGGAAGAAUUGCACGCUAAGGAGGCCAAUGCUUGAUACCACAUUCACAGAACUCUCUUCUUCUUCGUCUUCUUCUUCUUUUUCUUCUUUUUCUCCUCGUUUGUUUUCUUCUUCGGUUUCUGCCAUAGCCGUGGAGAGAGGAACGAUCACACAUGGGGUCUGGAGAGACGAAGCGACGGGACGAGAUGAUGACGUGGCAGGCUAGAAAUGAUUUCGGCGCGCAGUGGGGUGAUGACCUGGCAUUACAGUGCUACCAAUUUGGCGCGCAGCAUGAUGGGUGUCGGGAUGCGACGUGGCGAGAGGAACGAUCAUAUGGGGGGUAUGGAGAGAGAAAUGACGGGGCGAAAUGGUGACAUGGCAGGCUAGGAUGAUUUUGGCGCGCAGCGGGAUGAUGACGUGGCAUUAUAUUGCCCCCGAUUUGGCGCGCACCAUGAUGGUCAUAGAUGAGCCAGUUGGAAGAUGGUAUUGGCGCGCAGUGGGAUGAUGACGUGGGGCAUUAUAUUGCCGCGGAUUUGGCGCGCAGCAUGAUGGUAAUAGAGGAGCCAGGCGGCGCUUCGACCCCGACGAGCGAAACGUUGCGCUUCUCUGGAAAGCGCCACGCGGCACGUCAAAGAAUGCGUGCAACGUGGCGCUUUCUCUCCAGGAGCGUGCCACGUGCCACGUGCCACGUGGCGCUUCCGGUCAGGAGGGCCACGUGGCACGUCUCUGCCAGCGUGCGACGUUGCGUUUUCUUGCACGAGCACCACGUGGGCGUCCCUUUCGCGAGCGCCACGUGGGCGUUUCUUUCGCGAGCGCCGCGUGGGCGUUUCUUUCACGAGCGCCACGUGGGCGUUUCUUUCGCGAGCUCCACGUGGGGGAUCUUGACGCCUCUGAAGAGCGUCAUGUCACGCCUGGGAAUGCGACGUCAUAGAUGAUUAUUAUCGCUUAAUAGAGGAAGAAGCUUGAUUGAUUGGGUCGGGACAGAGCGCAAUUGAUACGGAAAGGACUGCAAGUAAACCCCUGCUACACGGGCGUCGAUCGACGUGAGAGGAAGCGAUGACGUGGCAGCACUGUGAUGAUUUGGCAGAGGCCUAUGGCUUGAUCCGGAAAUUCGUCAUCUAUGCCUAUGGAUAUGAGUUAAGGAUUUUGUCGUUAGUGUCAGAAUAUCGCCGGCCGAGGGAAAAGCAAGGGUAUGCCGACGGAGGGAGGGGAGAGGGGUAGUGCUCCAUGCACACGCGCACGCACAAUGGGCCCGGCUAUGGCUGCCAUAGAUACCGGCUAUAUAGAGGCUAUGGCUGUAUUGUCUAUAGCGGCUAUGGUGGCGGCUACGGAGGCAGCUAUUUUUGGCUGUGUGCUAUAUCGUCCAUGGUGAGGGAUAUGAAGGGGGUACGAUAGCUAUGCCAGAUAUAGCCUUAUGUUGGCUAUGCCAGCUAUAGUGACGGCUAAAGCCCGUCUAUUUUGGCUUUGCCAGCUAUAGCCACGGCUAUGGCGGUCACAGCAGCAGCAGCAGCCGGUAUGCCGAGGAAUGGUGAUGAUAGCAAGCUGUUUGGGAGAGCGAGGUGGGUAUGGGGUUGACUAUGGCAGGAAUGGCAACGACUAUGACGGCUACGACGAUGGCUAUGGCGAUGGCGGCUAUGGCAAUUGGCGAUGGCGGCUAUGGCGAUAGCUAUGGCGAUGACUAUGGCUAUGGCCGCUAUUGCCGCUAUGGCGAUGGCUUAUUGUUCCUUAGCACUGUAUUCGCCACGUCAUCGAUCGUCUCUGUUGACGUCAUCAUCAUCCUAGUACAUUCCGUACAGGCAGGACGUUAAUUUUCGUAACGAUAGAUGCUAACUCUCGCCGUUUUUUUUCAACUUCAGAUUAGUCCCAAGGACAAAAAAAAAAAAAGGAAUUAUGGAAACCACAGC